ACCCGGGCCGCACGUAGAACCGCAUCGGGCUACCGUCGUCCCACAAGAAGAGCGACCGCGACCGCGCCGCCGCCAUCGCCGCCCCGGUCGCGCAGGCGCGGGAGGGCCGGAAGGGCACGUCUGGAGCUCGGGAAGAUGGAGGCUGCGGAGGAGCGCGUGUGCGAGGCGGCGGAGAGCGAGUCGCGCCUCAGCAAAAAUGAGCUGAAGAGACGCUUAAAAGCUGAGAGGAAAACUGCUGAGAAGGAGGCAAAGCAGAAAGAGCAAAGUGAGAAGCAAUCAAAUAAGGCUUCUGCGACUUGUGACUCCGAGAAUAACGUUGCUGCUGAUGAGGAAAACUUGGAUCCAAAUCAAUACUUCAAGAUCCGUAGCCAUGCGAUCCAGCAGCUGAAGGGCACCAACGAAGAUCCCUAUCCCCACAAGUUCCAUGUAGACAUAUCACUCACAGAAUUUAUAGAGAAAUACAGUCACCUGCAGCCAGGAGAUCACCUGACAGACAUUACAUUGAGAGUGGCAGGUCGGAUCCAUGCAAAGCGUGCCUCUGGAGGGAAGCUGAUUUUCUAUGAUCUUCGUGGUGAAGGAGUCAAGUUGCAGGUCAUGGCAAAUUCCAGGCUCUACAAAUCCGAGGAAGAGUAUUUCCGUAUUAACAACAAGCUGCGUCGUGGGGACAUUAUUGGUGUGGAGGGGAAUCCUGGGAAAACAAAGAAAGGGGAACUGAGUAUUAUUCCUUCUGAAAUAACUCUGUUGUCUCCAUGCCUGCACAUGUUGCCUCAUCUCCACUUUGGCCUCAAAGAUAAGGAAACUAGGUAUCGUCAGAGAUACUUGGAUUUAAUUCUCAAUGAUUAUGUGAGGCAGAAAUUUAUAACCCGUGCAAAGAUCAUUACCUAUAUUCGAAGCUUUCUAGACGAGUUGGGCUUCCUUGAGAUUGAAACUCCUAUGAUGAAUAUAAUUCCAGGUGGAGCUGUGGCAAGACCUUUUAUCACGUACCACAACGAACUGGAUAUGAAUUUAUAUAUGAGAAUUGCUCCAGAGCUUUACCAUAAGAUGUUGGUGGUUGGUGGCAUGGACAGAGUAUAUGAGAUCGGGCGUCAGUUCCGGAAUGAAGGAAUCGAUUUGACUCACAACCCUGAGUUCACAACCUGUGAAUUCUACAUGGCUUAUGCAGACUACCACAACUUGAUGGAUAUUACAGAGAAAUUGCUUUCAGGGAUGGUGAAAAAUAUUACUGGAAGUUACAAGAUCACUUACCAUCCAGAUGGUCAAGAUGGACAGGCCUAUGAGAUUGAUUUUACACCUCCCUUCCGGCGGAUUAGCAUGGUGGAUGAGCUGGAAAAGGUCCUCGGAGUGAAAUUUCCACCAGCUGAGCACUUUGAAACUGAAGAAACUCGCAAGUUUUUUGAUGACCUUUGUGUGAAGAGGAAUGUUGAGUGUGCACCUCCCAGGACAACAGCCAGGCUUCUUGACAAAUUGGUUGGUGAAUUCCUGGAAGUCACAUGUAUCAACCCUACAUUCAUCUGCGAUCACCCACAGAUCAUGAGUCCUCUAGCCAAAUGGCAUCGCUCUCAUCCAGGACUAACAGAACGUUUUGAGCUCUUUGUAAUGAAGAAGGAAGUGUGCAAUGCGUACACAGAACUUAACGAUCCUAUCCGGCAGCGGCAGCUUUUUGAAGAUCAGGCCAAGGCAAAAGCUGCAGGUGAUGAUGAGGCCAUGUUCAUUGAUGAAAACUUCUGCACCGCUCUGGAGUACGGCCUUCCUCCUACAGCCGGCUGGGGCAUGGGAAUUGAUCGCUUCACCAUGUUCCUUACAGACUCCAACAACAUCAAGGAGGUGCUUCUCUUCCCGGCCAUGAAGCCGGAGGACAACAAGAAGGAGGCGCAGCCCGACCCUCCCGCCGAAGGCACUUCUGUGUGAAGAAACCACGGUUCGGAGGGGGGUCUUUCUCUUCCCUGCCAUGAAGAGUGACGAAGGGGCGCGGCCCGGCAGCUCUGUGUGAAGGAACCGCAAUAAACCGCAGCCCUUUUA